CCUCUUUUAUUUGAACAUGGGGACUGAAGUUUUUGGAGUAGAUGCCACACAGAAAUAACAUUUAGACCUCUUCACAGCGGUGUACAAACUGAGUCUUUCAAAGGCUUACAGACACAGGGGAGCAGCUCAUCACAGAAAUGAAGUCUCUUAAGAUACUAACACCAGCUUGUGUGGCAUUAUGGAGACCAAACAGAUGUGUUUCCUGUCUACUUGGGCUGAUCAUCUAUCUGGGCUGUGCUGCAUCCUUCAACAUCAGCCCAAUGACAACAGGCCUGCGCUCUGCCUUUUCCGCCACACGUAGCAGCAGCAUAUUGGGUGGCACUCAACGAGUUGUGACCUUUGACCGCCUUCUAGUCAACAUCGGAGAAGAUUUCAAUCCAGAGAUGGGCACUUUCCGUUGCCGCCUGCCUGGUGCGUACUACUUCUCAUUCACAGUGGGAAAGUUCCCAAAAAAGAUGCUGUCGGUCAUGCUGGUGAAGAACGGGAUGGAGGUGCAGGCCAUGGCAUAUGAUGGAUACCAGAACCAGGGCCGCAAGGUUCAAAGCCAGAGCGUGAUGAUCAGUCUAAAACCUAUGGAUACAGUCUACCUGCUGCUUCAGGAGAAUCCCCACUAUGCCAUCUACAGCAAUGUCGGACCAUACAUUACAUUUAGUGGUUAUCUCAUCUACCCAGACUCUACAUCUUCUGUUGGAUAUCUCAAUAACCACCUAUCUCCUCCAGGCCUCCAUCUUCCGGGUUGUCCUCCCCCUGUGGAUGCCUAUUAUGAUUGGAGAAGAAGAACAACCAUUGAGGAACCACGUUCUGCAUUUUCAGUGGCAAGAACUAGAUCAGCGCUGGGAGAAAGUAUAGGGCAUCGUGAAAGAGAGGCUCUCACGUUUGACGUAGAGUAUGUGAACAUUGGUGGCCAUUUUAACAAAACAUCCGGACAUUUUACCUGCCACUUCCCUGGUGCGUACUACUUUGCAUUUACCGUGGGAAAGCACCCUCGUCGUGCGGUUUCAGUGAAGCUGAUGACGGGCAAAGGGGAGGUGCGGGCCAUGGUGUUCGACGAGGACAUGUCGCGGCGGAGAGAGAUGCAGAGUCAGAGUUUGCUGCUGUCACUGAAAAGAGGAGACAGUGUCUGGCUGUACAGUCAGCAGGAUGACGGAUAUGCCGUUUACAGCAACCAGGGAAGAUAUACGACCUUCUCUGGUUUCCUGGUCUACCCUGACGGCGAAUCCAUGAACAUAGACAGAACUUUCCCUUGAGAACCAAAGCCA